AAGUGAAAGCGUGCGCGGCGCACGGAGAGGAAGAAGAGUCGCAUGCGUGAUGUGUGGUUGUAGAGGUGGCUAGGUCGUGAGUGUCGGUCUUGGGUAAGAGUAGCCAGACAACUGUUCGGUUGCCGUCUUGGACUUUUUGACUGUUAAAGCGGGUGAGCAAAACAAAGCUAACGACGUCUCAACGCCCUGGACAGCAGCAAAAUGCCGAAUAUCAAAAUAUUCAGUGGUAGCUCGCACCCAGACCUGUCUCAAAAGAUAGCGGACCGCCUCGGUCUGGAGUUGGGGAAGGUUGUAACCAAGAAAUUUAGCAACCAAGAAACAUGCGUGGAGAUAGGAGAGAGUGUACGUGGAGAGGAUGUCUAUAUCGUCCAAAGUGGCUGUGGGGAGAUAAAUGAUAAUUUGAUGGAGCUCCUCAUCAUGAUCAACGCCUGCAAAAUAGCCUCUGCCUCCAGAGUUACAGCUGUCAUCCCUUGCUUUCCAUAUGCCCGCCAGGACAAGAAGGACAAGGUGGGGAGCCGUGCUCCAAUCUCUGCCAAACUGGUGGCCAACAUGUUGUCCGUAUCAGGUGCAGACCACAUCAUCACUAUGGACUUACACGCCUCACAGAUACAGGGAUUCUUUGACAUCCCCGUCGAUAACUUGUAUGCAGAGCCCGCCGUGUUAAAAUGGAUCAAAGAGAACAUUCCCGAGUGGAAGAACUGUAUCAUCGUCUCACCCGAUGCUGGAGGAGCAAAGAGGGUCACCUCCAUCGCUGACAGGCUAAAUGUGGACUUUGCCCUUAUUCACAAGGAACGGAAAAAGGCAAAUGAGGUUGACCGCAUGGUUCUUGUCGGAGACGUGACAGGUCGGGUCGCCAUCCUCGUAGAUGACAUGGCGGACACAUGCGGGACAAUCUGCCACGCUGCCGACAAGUUGAUUUCUGCUGGUGCUACCAAAGUCUACGCCAUCCUGACCCAUGGAAUCUUCUCUGGACCCGCCAUCUCGCGCAUCAACAAUGCCUGCUUUGAAGCAGUUGUGGUUACAAAUACAAUUCCCCAGGAAGAGAAAAUGAGGCAUUGUACCAAAAUACAAGUUAUCGACAUCUCCAUGAUCCUUGCAGAGGCCAUCCGUAGAACUCACAACGGGGAGUCUGUAUCAUACCUCUUCAGCCAUGUCCCAUUGUAACAGCGUCCACCGUCAGGCCAAAAAAUAAAUGGAGAGGGACACACUCAAACACACAACCAUUAGAGAAGUUCUCCUGCUAACUCACCGUGCUGUGGGAUGAAAUAUCAUGUCUGUUACCUGCGCCCCGCUCACUUUGUACAUUGUCUCUCACGACUGGGGCACCAAAUGAGCUGCCCGUUGAGACAAGUGUAUUUAUUGUUCUUGGAUUAAGUGUCCACUGUGCACUUUGUCUGCUUCUCAUAACCUCUAGGUACUGAUGACGAGAUGCCUCUCCUGACCGUGUCACCUCAGCGUGUCAUCCCAGAGCUCAGGAAGGACAAUUACGUGGUGUAUAAAGCUGUUACAAAGAGGGAGUUUUCAUGUUACUCUUGUAUAUCUUCUGCUAUCCAUCUGAAUGUGUAAUCAUUAGUUUAUUGUCCCACCACAGCUCCACUCAACACAGAAUGCCUCAACAGUUUGAACUUGCUCCUAAUUUUAUUUGUAGGGCGUUUCAUGUAUAAAUAACAUGCUUUAUCACACAAUAGACAGCAUGUGACCUUUUCAAUUGUUGAGGUACCCAAUAUUGAGUGGAGUUGUAUUUUGAAUGUUUUAUGAGAUUUUUUUUUUUUUUUUUUUUUAAAGCCUGGGGUCUCUGCAGGUUUGCUUCAGAAAUGAUACAAGCACUCCUGCUCCCCACCCCUCUUCAUUUUUGGGAUUAUGUGUCGUCUUAAUGCCAAACUAUACUGUUUACUUUUUGAGUAGGCACCCUUUAUCUUGGUACGUGUUUUUAAUAAAACCGAUUGGUAUCCUAAACAUGUAGAUUUCUUUAUUUAUGCUGCACAGAUGUGCCAAACUGACUUAAGACUAAUACAGAAUGAAUGUCCACAGGUUUAUGUAGUAGGAUUGAAGACUUCUGGGUUUUGUUUAGUUUUUUUCAAAUUUUUGAUGUGGUGUGGAGGAGGACACAGUCCCAAUUUAUUUUUACCUCUUGUUUAGUUAUAUUUUAAAGAAAAACGGCAAGGA